GGCGGACGCCAGCGUCAGGAGGAUGCCCGCCCCUUACAAAGAUGGCGGCCCCGGCGGGCGGGACCGGAAGUGCAGUUGGCGGUAGCGCCGAUCCGCGGUAGGCGCGAGAACGCGCCGGGCAGCGCCGGUCUGGGCAUGAAGCUGGGCCGGGCCGCGCUGGGCCUGCUGCUGCUGGCGCCGUUGGCGGUGCGGGCGGUAGAGCCCAUCAGUCUGGGACUGGUCCUGGCCGGCGUCCUCACCAGCUACAUCUCCUACCCGCGCCUCUUCUGCUUCUUCACCGAGUGCUGCAGCCAGAAGGGGAGCCUCAGCCGGGAGGCGCUGCAGAAGGAUCUGGACAGCAAGCUUUUCGGACAGCAUCUUGCAAAGAAAGUCAUCUUAAAUGCCGUGUCAGGCUUCAUCAGCAACCCGAAGCCCAAGAAGCCGCUCACCCUCUCCCUACACGGGUGGACGGGCACCGGCAAAAAUUUUGUCAGCAAGAUCAUCGCAGAGAAUAUUUACGAGGGUGGUCUGAACAGUGACUAUGUCCACCUGUUUGUGGCCACACUGCACUUCCCCCACAUCUCCAACAUCACCCUGUACAAGGAUCAGUUACAGUCGUGGAUCCGCGGCAACGUGAGUGCCUGUGCCAGGUCCAUUUUCAUAUUUGAUGAAAUGGAUAAGAUGCACGCUGGCCUCAUAGACGCCAUCAAGCCUUACCUGGACUAUUACGACAACCUGGAUGGGGUCUCCUAUCAGAAAGCCAUCUUCAUUUUUCUCAGCAAUGCUGGCGCCGAGAGGAUCACAGACGUGGCUUUAGAUUUCUGGAGAAGCGGGAAGCAGCGGGAAGAAAUCAGGCUGAGAGACAUGGAGCACGCGCUGUCUGUGUCGGCCUUCAACAACAAGAACAGUGGCUUCUGGCACAGCAGCUUAAUUGACCGAAAUCUCAUUGAUUAUUUUGUUCCCUUCCUGCCCCUGGAAUACAAACACCUAAAAAUGUGCAUCAGAGUUGAAAUGCAGUCCCGAGGCUACGAGGUUGACGAGGACAUUGUGAGCAAAGUGGCCGAGGAGAUGACGUUUUUCCCCAAAGAGGAGAGAGUUUUCUCGGACAAAGGCUGCAAAACUGUGUUCACCAAGUUGGAUUAUUACUACGAUGAUUGAUGGAUUGCUGGCGCCUGAGUCGCGCUUCCCAUCGGCGAAGAAGGAACUUGGCCCUCGGAUCUCCCCCCCGCCUCCCGCUCUGCUGCCCCGGGAAGAGGAGUGAAAUGAAUUCUCCCCGUGUGACGGGACAGGAGCUCUCGCCCAGCAGGGCCUGCGGGCCCCACACCUGCCAGAUCACAGAGGGAAACAGCUCCCGGAGCCCUCGGGAGAGGGAGGAGCCAGCGCCCAGCCCACCCGUGCCAGGGCUCAUGAUUUUCUCAAAAAUCAUGUUUUAAUUUCAAGUGUUUCUGUUUCAAGGAAGGCUGUUUUACUGAAAAAAUGUGAUAAUUUUAUUUAAGAUGGUUUUUAACAUUACGAGAAACUUUUCAGACUCUCUAA